AUGACAUCGACCCCAAUCACCGACAAGUAUGACGAAAUAUUAAAAACAUUAGACAGUGUAGCUGCCGAUAUUCAUUCUUCUCCAGCAACUCUUAUAGCUGUGAGUAAAACCAAACCAAAAGAAGAUGUCAUUGAGUUAUUCAAAACACAUCACCACCUCUUGUUUGGUGAGAAUUACAUUCAAGAGCUUCACGAGAAGGCAACAUCCCUUCAACAUGAAUAUCCGGACAUUCACUGGCACUUCAUUGGUCGUCUUCAGUCAAAUAAAGUUCAUCUGUUGGUCUCAACGCCAAACUUAGUCUGCAUCGAAACAGUACACUCAUUAGAAAUCGCUCAGAAGCUCGACAAAGAACUUAAAAAGGCAGAGAAGACCAUCGACGUCUUCAUUCAAGUGAACAGCUCCGGGGAAGAACAGAAGGGUGGCGUCGACGUGAAAGACGCUUUGACGGUCUAUGAAGAAGCUACGAAACUCACAAACCUUCGCGUGAAAGGAAUUAUGACUAUAGGAAUGGUCGGAGAGGCUAAAACAAAUUUUAACACUAUGAAGAACUUGGCCGCUCAAAUCAAGGAAAAAUUGAAACUCGAAAAGGUCGAGGUCAGUAUGGGAAUGUCCGCAGACUAUAUGCUCGCGGCUCAACUGGGCGCAACAUAUGUCAGAGUCGGUUCAGCUCUCUUCGGUCCUAGAAAUUAUAAUAAAAACGUGGUUUAA